AUGUCCAACAGCAGAGACGGCAAGAUGGCCUCGGGGAAGAAUGAGAAGAAUUCGAAGACCACGCUCGUCACCAUGCCGCAGGAGCUGCUCGACAACAUCAUCCGCCUCGCUCUCCCAGCCGCACUCCUCGUCAAAGCGCACGACUACGUCUCUCUCGACCUAGACGACGAUCCCGAGAGCAUUAAUGGAUUCUUCAUGGAGCUAGACAGCCCCUGGCGCGAGGUAGUCGGCAUUCGCCUCCUACACAGCAAGAUCAAGAAAGCCGUGGACGAGAGCAUCACGAAGAUCAACACACUCGACAUCACCGUUAUCGACCACAUCAGCAAUACCGUCUUCGAUGCAGCAGCGAGCAGACCGUUUGGCAAAUGCUUACAACUUGCGCAGUGGAUGAGCAUCAUUCAGAAGCAAGAAAUCAACACCAUCGUGGUCGGUAACGAGCACAUGGAGCUGCUCGCCUUCGACGACGCCGGCGGACGUUUCACGCUCCAGCAUGUGAACGACGGGUGGAGACUUCAGCGCACCCAGUGGACACGAAAUGCCUGUGCACUGACGGCGUCCUCACUCGUGCCAGAUCAUUUUGAGCGAGAAAGGGCGUUCCAUACCUUGAUGGUGCUUUGGUCGAAGGAAGGGCUCUCUGCUGCCACUGUAAGCCUGGUGAUAAAGGCGACGACGCUCGGCAGCCAGUGCCUGUGUCUUCAGUCAUGGGCACCGACUGGUGUCGGGAUGUUUGGGAUUGUGGCGUAUUUGCGGUCUAAGAUGGAGUGGCAGCUGAUGGCGAUGGAGAAGAGGAAGGCGGGGUCGUUGGAGUUCGAGGAUGGCGAGGUGGUCGUUGAGGGAUAA